AUGGGAUCAUUACUGCCCGGCUGGGAUCAGGUCCCCAGCUCGCCCCCUCCCGCCGAGUUUAAAUGGUCCGUGGACCGCACCGGCAAACGAAGGUCCUUCGACGAAGCUGAGGCGCAAAGGGAGCCUCGCGACGAGCCCGAUGAGGGGCGCCGCGCGAAGUCCGAGGAGCUGGACCGGUCGAGGUCGGCGGAGAUAAAGCGCAGGUCCUGGGAUUGGUGGGCACACACGCCCUCAUCGUGCCUGAACGACCCCUUGCGACCCGAACCCCCCGCUGACGAGGACGAAGCAAAAGGGAAAGCCAAGCGCAAGACCUCGUACACGCCUCAGCACAUGGUGCCCCACGACCUGCACGUCGAGGAGCCCGCCGUGGGGUGGACGUUCAAGCCCGCGGGCCACGACGGAUUCGAGCAUCCGAGAAGAGAGAAUAGCGGUGGAUGA